GUAGGUUUUGGUACCAGUUGGUCCACUUAAUGAUCUCGUGCUGUUAAGUGUUUGUUUGUCCACCCUUGUGCGGUUUUCGCAUCCCUUUACCGGCCAAGCUCUCCGUUCAUCUCUGAAGCUGCUUUGGUCUUUGGUUGGACUCUCUCUCUCUGCUCACAAUUUCAAUCUUCCAACAACUCAAACAACAACUCAAACAACAAUAACAAACAACAACGACAAGAUGAUUGCCACUAUCUCUAUGAACGCCUCUCCUUUCCCUGCUCUUAGCAGCUUCCAUCAACUCAACAAGACUUCCAUGAUGGAUUCUUCCACGAAGCCUCUUCCAGCCGACUAUGUUCCUGGACCCAACUGUGUGAUCUGUGCUCGCGGCAAUGCUGUCAAGAAACACCCCGGCAACAUUCGCUUCUUGCAAAUUGUCGACGAUCACCUCAAGAAGUACUCUGCAGCAGGAUCCAAGCUUGAAAAAUCCCUUCUUGUCAGCAACAUCAUUGACAUCAUCAACGACUCCAAUCCCGAUGGCAUUGGUUUCGUCAGACAAAUUGACGGACAAUGGGUCGCCGCCGAUGAUCACACUGCCAGAGAAAAGGCCGGACAGCGCCUUCGCGACCUUCUUGGAGGACGCUACCAAUCCAGCUCCAAGUCCAAGAAGCGCCGUCGUCGUGCCAAUGAAGCCAUCCUUGCUAGCCGCGUCGAUGAGAUUGUCGCUCGAUCCAACGGCAAAGCACUGGCUGAUCGCAUUGAAGAACUCACACCAUCGGCACUUGCCACAAAGGCAUGCUACCAAGCCGACAAUGAAUUCCAAAAGAUCUUCAACCAAGCAAACAGUGAGCUACUUAUGCGAAUCAAGGCUGAACUAGAUGAACACAGCAGCAUCAGCAGCCUUGAUGACAGCGAACGAUCAGAUGCCUCCUCCUCCUCCGAUGAAUACUUCUAAAUUGGCAUCCUUGCCUCAAUUACUCCAGCCUAUCAUUACAUAUUAUAACCUCCUUCAUCUAAUCUUCCACUUCAUUGCCUCAAAAUUGACU